CCUCUCACCCCAAGAUGGCGGCGCCCGUGGGACCGGUGAAGUUUUGGAAGCCGGGCACAGAAGGUCCUGGUGUCGGUGUCUCAGAGGAGAGACAGAGUCCUGCUGAGAGCAGUGGCGUAACCGUCAUCUAUAAUCCUUAUGCUUCCCUUUCUAUUGAACAACAAAGACAAAAGCUGCCUGUUUUUAAGCUAAGAAAUCACAUACUUUAUCUAGUGGAGAAUUAUCAGACUCUGGUGAUUGUUGGGGAAACAGGUUGUGGGAAGUCAACGCAGAUUCCGCAAUACCUCGCAGAAGCCGGCUGGACAGCCGAAGGAAGAGUUGUUGGAGUAACGCAGCCUCGCCGGGUUGCUGCUGUUUCAGUCGCAGGCCGAGUUGCUGAUGAAAGAGGUGCAGUGUUGGGUCAUGAAGUUGGAUAUUGUAUUCGGUUUGAUGACUGCACAGAUCCACAGGCUACCAGAAUUAAGUUUCUAACUGAUGGUAUGCUGGUGAGGGAGAUGAUGGCUGAUCCUCUAUUAACAAGAUACAGUGUCCUCAUGCUGGAUGAAGCCCAUGAAAGGACUCUUUACACAGAUAUUGCCAUUGGCUUACUAAAAAAGGUUCAAAAGAAGCGUGGGGAUCUUCGACUGAUUGUGGCUUCAGCCACCUUGGAUGCAGAGAAAUUCAGGGAUUUCUUUAAUCAGAACGAUACCGGUGACCCCAGCAAAGAUACCAGCGUGAUUCUUACUGUCGAGGGGAGAACGUUUCCAGUGGACAUCUUUUACAUCCAGAGUCCUGUUCCAGACUAUGUAAAAUCAACUGUGGAAACCGCAAUGAAAAUUCACCAGAUGGAGAAUGAUGGUGAUAUACUGGCAUUUUUAACUGGCCAGGAGGAAGUGGAGACGGUUGUUUCUAUGCUCAUAGAACAGGCUCGGGCCCUUUCUCGCACCGGAAUGAAAAAGCACCUCCGUGUUCUCCCUAUGUACGCUGGGCUGCCUUCUCCCGACCAAAUGAAAGUGUUUGAGAGGGUUUCUCACAGUGUCAGGAAGGUGAUAGUAGCCACCAACAUUGCUGAGACCUCCAUCACAAUUCACGGCAUCGCGUACGUCAUCGAUUGUGGGUUUGUGAAGCUCCGGGCCUAUAACCCCAAAACAGCCAUCGAAUGCCUCGUGGUGGUACCCGUGUCUAAAGCUUCAGCUAACCAGAGAGCAGGGCGGGCAGGACGGAACCGCUCCGGAAAAUGUUACAGGCUUUAUACAGAGGAGGACUUUGAGAAGCUGCCAAAGUCCACUGUUCCAGAGAUGCAGCGCAGUAACCUGGCUCCUGUCAUCCUGCAGCUGAAGGCUUUGGGCAUUGACAACGUGCUCAGGUUCCCCUUUCUUUCGCCACCUCCUGCACAGUCGAUGGUGCAAGCUUUAGAACUGCUGUAUGCUUUAGGAGGUUUGGAUAUGCACUGCCGUUUAACAGAGCCUCUUGGAAUGAGAAUAGCAGAGUUUCCUUUGAAUCCAAUGUUUGCAAAGAUGCUUCUGGAAUCAGGAAAUUUUGGCUGCUCCCAGGAGAUUUUGACAAUCGCUGCCAUGAUGCAGAUUCAAAACAUUUUUGUGAUCCCUCCAAAUCAAAAAACUCAGGCUGCCAGGCAACACAGAAAGUUUGCUGUGGAAGAAGGUGAUCAUCUCACUAUGCUUAAUGUGUAUGAAGCCUUUGUCAAACACAGCAAGAGCUCUCAGUGGUGUCAGGAACACUUUCUGAACUACAAAGGGCUUGUUAGAGCUUCUGUUGUAAGAGAGCAGCUGAAAAAGCUUCUCGUCCGCUUCAAAGUGCCAAAGAAAUCCAGUGAAGGUGAUCCGGAUCCUGUUUUGAGAUGCAUAGUUUCUGGAUUCUUUGCUAACGCAGCUAAAUUCCACUCUACUGGAGCCUAUAGGACAAUCCGUGAUGACCAUGAACUUCAUAUCCACCCCACUUCAGUGCUCUAUGCAGAGAAACCUCCUCGCUGGGUAGUGUACAAUGAAGUCAUCCAGACUGCUAAAUACUACAUGAGGGAUGUGACUGCUGUAGAAUCUGCUUGGCUCCUGGAACUGGCUCCUCAUUUUUACCAGCAAGGAACGGUACGGAAUCGGCAUAAAGGCCAAACGCACCUUUCCUUGAAAGCAAAAAGGGCUAAAGUAGAUGACCACUGAUUUGACGUGACUUAAGUCUUGUGACAUCAGAUGCAGAACCUACCAGUGAUUCCAAGCUGGCUACAGUCCAUUCAGCAGUCAGUUCAUUAGCGAUUUGAUCUUACGUCAACUUAAAUGUUUAAAUGCCUGCCAGGACCUGUAGGGGUUUAUGCAUGACCAGUACACUGUAAACCUAUGUAGAGCUUGCAUUGUGGACGUUUUCUUCUUUGCCUACUUGACCACUGUUGUUAAUCUGGGCAUGUCGCUCCUUUUAAAUAGCUAGAAAAAAACAAUGUAAAAAAAAUAAGAGGACACACAGGACUACAAAAAAAAACUGAAACCUUCGAGAAGGGAACUGGUUUCCUAGUGGUACGGCUGCCUUAUGAGAGUGGGGAACAGGGUACCCUGCCUCCUAUUACCCAGAGCACUGUGACUACUACCGGCCAAACUGAGACUGACUCCUGCCAGCGGGAGCUCAGGGCAACGCGCUCGCCCUCCAGAUCCAAGGGGCUGCAGGGAAACACUGAUUUCAUGUUGGACCAUCCCCAAACUGGUGCAGCUUGUGCUCCCAAGCAAUGAAAUCUCCAGCCUGAGGCCGAGCUGGCCCUGGCUCCCUGGGCUGUGACAGCCCUUCUGUAGGACAUUAAAAUGUCUUGUUUCCGUACGUGAGAGCUGCUGUUUGGGGAGGGGGAGGAAGAGUAGCUCAGUAUUUUUAAGAAGGAUUAAUUUUUUGCUCAAUCAGGGGGUUAUACACAUAUGUUCACAAACAGUCAAAUUCACAGAUGGGACUUUAAUUAGUCUCUCUGCUUGGAAAUACCAGAAAACUUCAGCAGGGCUAUAUCAUGGAACACUGUUUUUUAGCCUCUGUCAUUCAGCAAAGAUGAAAAUGUUCUGUACUUUCCUAUAAGGAACACAGUCCCAUAUAUUUCUUUUAGUAAGAACCUGUUCUUUGGCGCUUGGGACUCUUCUUCACGUGUUACUGUAAGAGAAGGAUGCUCGGAACAGUUGCUGCAUUAAUUGGGACUCCAUGGCUACUUUUCAGUAAGGAGCUGUACCUUUUUGUGUUUUAACAUGAUAGCUUGGAUACAUGUAUUUAUUUUUUCCAACCCUUUUGAUAUUUAUUUUAGAAACACAUUGUUUGAAAGUUUUAUUUUUGUAAGGCAACUGAUUUGAUGAAUGUGGUUUUGGCACGUUAACUAUAAUUUUAUUUUCUUUUUUUAAAAAGUAUGUAAAUAGGCAAAAAUUUCUACAUAGAACAAAUGCCUUCCUUGUCACAGGACUGCCUUGAAAACUUUCUGGAGAGCUUCUUUACCUUCUCCCUUUGGAACACCUGCAGAGAGAACGUGUUCUGUUGUGUGCAACGUGUGCUCUGUUCAGUGUCUGCCUACUGACUGCCAGCACAAAAAGAUGUCCCAGUCCCCAUGUAUGGCACCAGCAGCAUGACAAACUGUGUCACCUUCCUCCUUGUUGUCCCUGGGAACCCCACCUUUGUAUCACUGUCUCCUAGAAUGGAAGCUCUUUGGGGCAGGGACUGUCUCCUGGCCAGAGCUGAGAGCGUUGGUGGUAAUUAAUAAGAAGGUUCAAUUUGUGGGUUGUUUUUUUUUUUUCUCUCUUAAGGGAUUGGAGAAAGAGCUGAAUAUGAAGAUCUGUGAAAUAUUCGUGUCUCUCUGUCCUCUGGAAAUAUUCUUAAGAAAAAUAAAACCAUUGAAUCAAGGAA